AUGGAGAAGCGAGAUGAUGCCAUUUAUGAUGUGCAUAAUUUGGAGUGUGAGUUGUGUCGUUUCGGGAAAUUAAUGAACCAUUUACUCGUCCAUGUUGAUUGGAUGAUUAAAAAUGCAAUCCAAUUUAAAAAGUAUGGAAGUGAAAUGCUAGUUUGCAACGAUAUAUUGUCGACUAAUGAAUGCAAGCUUUAUGAUACAAUUUAG